UUAAAGAACUUUGCAAUAGUUUAGAUGUGUUUUAUUAUUACAUUGUUUAUAGUAAAUAAUAAAAAAUGAUUAAUAUUAAGUUUUUAACAUUCAUUUUUAACAUUAUAAUAUUUGCUCGAUGUAACAAUAAUAUUGAAUCUUGUUUAAAUGAAGACACAUGCGGCGAAAAUUUUAAUAAAUAUAGUGAAGAAGUCAACAAUUGGACUUCCAAAAUAAGCAAUAUAAUACAUUCCGAAUUACAAGCAUUUAAUCCAUGUGUGAGAACAAAUUGUAGUUGCCAUAAGAAUGUAAUAGAAAAAGAUUUAGAACCAUUUAGUAAUGGUAUUACAAAGGAAAUGUUUGAUCUUGCUCAAGCUAAAGGCACAAAAUAUCAGAUUAUAAAUGGCAAAUUGUAUCGGGCUAAAGACUGUCACUUUCCAGCCCGAUGUGCAGGAAUUGAACAUUACCUUAAAAUAUUAGCACCUAAGCUUCCCGAUAUAGAAUUGGCAAUUAAUACGAGAGAUUGGCCACAAAUUAACAGAGCUUGGGGGCAUAAAAAGGCACCAGUAUUUUCAUUCAGUAAGACAAAAGAUUAUUAUGAUAUCAUGUAUCCAACUUGGAGCUUUUGGGAAGGUGGACCGGCUAUACAGUUAUACCCCACAGGUAUUGGCCGUUGGGACAAACAUAGAGUAUCUAUAUCCACAGCUGCUAAAGAAUGGUCUUGGGAGAAAAAAGCAGAAAAGGUGUUUUUUAGAGGAUCCAGAACUAGUGAAGAAAGGGAUAGCUUAAUUUUACUGUCAAGAUCACAUCCUGAUUUAGUAGAUGCUCAGUAUACUAAGAAUCAAGCUUGGAAGUCAGAUGCUGAUACACUUCAUGCCCCACCAGCCUCAGAAGUAUCUUUUGAAAAUCAUUGUAAAUAUAAAUAUCUGUUUAACUAUAGAGGAGUUGCAGCCAGUUUUCGUUUGAAGCAUUUAUUCUUAUGUAAAUCAUUAGUCUUCCAUGUUGGGGAUGACUGGUUAGAAUUUUUUUAUCCAUCUUUAAAACCUUGGGUCCAUUAUGUUCCAGUUAGCCCAAAGGCAAGUAAAGAGGAAAUAAUGAAAUUAAUACAUUAUUUUAAAAAUAAUGAUUCUGUGGCUAAGGAAAUAGCAGAAAGGGGCUUUGAACAUAUAUGGAAUAAUCUCACAGACAAAGACGUUAAAUGUUACUGGAGAAGACUACUAAAAAAGUAUGCAAAACUUUUAAAGUACACUGUCACAAGGGAUGAUGAUCUUAAGAAAAUAUAGUGGCUUUACAGGUAUAAAGAAAAUUUAAUAAUAAUAUGAGUU